AUAGUGAUCGCCAAUUAUACCCAAAUCUGAGUAUCUCAUUUAAUCCCACAGACAUAAAACCCGGUACAAUAAUCCCUUACAAGGUGACGAUAUCAAGACAAGGAAGAAAACUACUACUGAUCGGAGGGUUCAGGUUUUCCAAAGAGAAGCAGUACCGCAACGGGAAGACACGGUGGCACUGUUCGACGCAUCACAACAACCAAGUUAUAAAGUGCAAAGCGUAUGCGCACACGCUGGCUGACGUCAUAAUACGACUGAGGAACGACCAUACACACGGCUUGCCUAACUUUCUGAAGUGCGUUCGAGAUGGUGAUGUCCCGAAAAGGCAAACCGAUGAUCAAGAUUGGUGGAUACUCCUACAAGAGUGUGCCCUCGAACACUCCCAAGACACGAUGGGUGUGCUCCACACACCACAACCAAGGAUGCAGGGCUAACGUCAUCACUUUCGACAGCGAAAUUAUCAAGUCUAAUACUAAACACACUCAUGAUUUUAAUAAAACUGUUAAUUAUUACACGCCAGAUAAGUUCUAAAUUGCAAACGUGUCAGGGCAAGGGCAGCGUGGAAUGUCCACCCACAAACUAGGAAUGUUAUGGACAUGUAGUUUCGGUUAUGGAUACGGUUACGGAUAUAGGAAUAAUAUUAUACCGGUUUCGUUUACAGU